AUGAGUUUAUCGAGCUUCAAAGCCUCUGAUAUAGGUGCAUGCUUAUAUAAAAUUCGUGAUGAUAGUGUUAGGCCAAGACAUUUUUUAGGCGUAGACAAUGCGGAUGAGAUAGAAGCUAUUCUCUCAGAACGUGAAGACCAUUUCUUACAUGAAUUCAUUGAUAGGGAUGAGCCACUCCGACCUAUUAUAGAUUUUGAUUUACCACAAGAAGUGCUUGUUAAUAUUGAGUCUAAGCUAACACGUAAAGAG